CUCUCCCUCGCUGUAGGUGGCAGCAGUGCGCAUGCCUCGUGUCCAGCGUGACUGAAACCAGAAGUAGAAGAAGAGCAUAAAGUUUCCCCGGAUCAGUUGAAUCAGUGGCCGCUCACAUGGAGGUGCACGGUGCUGCAGGAGGUGCUGCAGGAGGUGCUGCUGCUCCUGCUGCUCCUGCUCCUGCUCCUGCUCGUCCUCUGUUCGGAGGAGCUCUGUCAGCCGCCCUCCCUCACAGCGCCGCGGACGUCAGCCAGCUGAGGGAGAUCCCGGACAACCAGGAGGUGUUUGCCCACGCACACACCGACCAGAGCCUCAUCGUGGAGCUGGUGGAGUACCAGGGUCAGGUGGCAGACCAGGACGCCGCCAGGUAUCACUUUGAGGACAUAGCAGGCAGUAACCAGGCGCUGGAGCCCGGUGCUUUCCAGGUCACCAGUGUUGUGCUCCUGCCCAAGUCUGAGCUGUCCCUGUCAGACUGCAGCUCUGCCUGGAUGCUGACCGGCACGCAGCGUGUGUCCAAGUUCAACGAAGAAGCGAGGAACACGGUGACCCUCCAUCUGGGGCUCUUCCGCCUGCCUCAGUUCUCCACAGAGGUCCUGAUCACCUUCAACGACCCGCAGAGCAUCAGCCCUGACAGCAGCAGUGCUGCCUCAGCAGGGACGCACAGGGAGCCGUGGACGGUGCAGGACUUCCAGCGCUUGUUGCAGACUCUGACUCUGCACAACCCGGGCCUGUUUGGAUAGGAUGACCGCUUUCUCAGCCACGUUUGGACAGAACUGAAUCUGGCCUGCAGCGUUCGGCCUUUGGCUCCCAGACCUGAAUGUUUUGGAAGAAAUUACUUUGGGUGGUGGUCCACCUGUUCCCUCGCCACGACACCUUUAAAAAUACAUGUUCUGUUCUGCCUCUAAUGUUGACUUUGUUCUGACAGUUAAAAUGAACUGAAAACAUCUCAAUUAUAAAUGUUUUGAAUGAAAAACCUCAAUCACAUGAAUGUUUUUUAAACUAAUUUCUGUUUUAUGUGACAAAUAACAUGUCAUACCUUUAAACCUUUACCUUUCCACCUUUAAAAAACAAAACUAACAACUACUCUGUGCUCCUUUACACCUUUCUCAGCUUAUGUCCUCCUCUGUAAGUCGCUUUGGAUAAAAGCGUCUGCUAAAUGCAAUGUAAUUUCAUAGACAUUCAAAUAAAGGUUUCCUCAUC